UCAAAUGUCAAAAUUUCGAGUAUCGUUUAAUUUCGCAUUUCGAAUGAGAAUCUGUCAGCACGAAGUGUCAGUAAAAUAUUUGUGUUCCCUGUAAAUUAUAUGAUUAUUACCAAAAUUGUCGAAGCGAAAAUUUAAGCAAGUAUUUCCGCAUAGCGAAGCAAUGGCCAGCGCUUUAGAAAAUUAUGUUACCAAUGUUAGGAAAUUAAGUUCUGCCGAAAAAUAUCGUGAGCUUGCGGAUUAUUUAAAUGACACAGUUGAGUUGCUAACGAAGAACUGGAGUAUCCUAGACAAUGUAUUGGAAACGCUGGACAGUCAAGAACAUUCGCUUGGUGUGCUCUAUGUCGUGAUUGCAAAAUUUAAUAGUGUAUCGCAAAACUCUAAUGUGGAUGCAUCAACUUUAGUUUUGUUAUUUAAAGAUUUUGUUACUGAAUGUAAUGUGACACAAGUGAGAUAUGCAGUGCACGCGUUUUAUGACUUAUGCCAUCAAUUUACAAAUUUUGUUGUUGAUAAACAAUUUUGUUUGCAAGGUGUUCAAUAUUUAGCGAAAGCUAUUAAGAAAAUCCGCAUGUCGGAAACUCAGUUGACACCUGUACAUGCUGAUCUUUGUCAACUAAGUUUAAAAGCAAAGAGUAUGACGUGUGCGGUUACAUUCUUAGACAUCGACAUAGCCACUAUAUCCACCGGUUUAGAGACUAGAGCAUCCACUGCAACAGAUACAAAUUUGGAUUCAAAAUAUUUUUUGCUUUAUUAUUAUUACGGUGGCAUGAUUUACACUGCCAUUAAAAGAUAUGAACGCGCCUUAUACUUCUUCGAAGUGUGCAUAUCGACUCCUGCCUUGGCUAUGUCGCACAUUAUGCUGGAAGCGUACAAAAAAUUUAUAUUGGUUUCAUUAAUUGUGAACGGAUGUUUAUUGCAAAUACCAAAAUAUGCAACACAAGUUGUUGGGCGCUAUUUAAAACCACUCAGUCCAGCUUAUCAUGAGUUAGUUGUGGCAUACGGUACAACGUACAUGGACGAAUUUAGGAGUGUCAUAAGUAAAUCUAGUGAAACAUUUGUACGUGAUAAAAAUAUGGGCUUAGUUCAGCAGGUUGCUGAAUCCUUAUACAAACAAAACAUCAAGCGUUUAACUAAAACAUUUUUAACAGUAUCACUAACAGACAUAGCCAACCGAGUUCAACUGCCGUCAGCAGCUGAAGCAGAAAAAUUCCUAGUUAAAAUGAUUAGUGCUGGUGAAAUUUUUGCGCUUAUUGAUCAAAAAGAAGGUAUGGUGGAGUUUAGAGAGGACUCUGAAAAAUACAAUUCAGAAGAUAUGUUCCUUAAAAUACAACAAGAUAUUGCUCACACCAAUAGAUUACUAAACAAAAUUACCGAAAUGGAAGAAGAAAUUGAAUUAAAUCCAUUGUAUCUUAAGAAAUUUAUUACUAUUCAAGAUGAUGAUUCACAGCCUGCAAAGCCUUUUUCAAGUGAUCCUACUGAUUGAUGAUACCAUAAAAAUUUUAGUUCGACUGUAAUCGAUAAUACAAAUAAAACAAAGACAUGCGGAAACUCAUUCGUUUGCUUCAUAAUAAAAUGCAUUUCUACUUUGUUUAACAGAAAAUUUGUCAACAGCAAUUCCUUGCCGAUUAAAAGUUAUUAAUAUAAUUACAUAUUAUGUUUUUUUUUAAGAAGUUAAAAUCAUAUGUUUUAAAUGCUUCUGCUGCUGGCACUGAAGCUGUUGGCUUAUUGCUGUUGAUAUCUACAUUUUUUAUGAACACACAAAAAUUACAAAUAUUUAUUUCAUAUUUAGAAGAGAAAAAAAUUAAUAAAUUUCCGUUCUACUUU